AUGUCGAGUUUUGAUGAUAAUGAUCGCAACUGUGGUAUAUAUCGAACAAACGAUCCAAUAAAUAACUUUAAAAGUCGGUAUCCUGAACAUAAAAUAGGAAAUUUUAUUCGAAAAAUUCAAUUUUUUAGUGUGAAAUCCGAACGUUUAACAUCGAAUUCAUUAUUACCAAGUUUAGAACGAGUAAAAAUUCAAGAAGAAUUAUCUCGUUUACUUAAUAAUGAUGGACAACCUACUAAAGAACCAAAAGCUAGCAAAACCGAAGUAGCACAAAUGUUUAAUCAAACAAACAAUUCCGAAUAUGAAGAAGUUGUGAUCGUUUGGCAACGAAAACAUUUUAAGCUAAAAGAAAAGAACCUGGCAGAAUAUUUACGCAUAUAUGAAAGUGAUCCAUAUUGUCAUGCAAGACAUCUUGAUUAUUUCAUGAUUGAUUCAUCAAAUGAACGACUAAGUCAAUUAGCAUUAGGAAUUAACAAUAUUCGUAAGUUAUGA